AUGGAUAAAUGCUACGUAUGCAAAAAACUUACUAAAACCCACUGUGCAAAAUGCCGAAAAACUCAUUAUUGCUCUAAAGAAUGUCAAAAAAAAGACUGGAAAGAGCAUAAAAAGUCAUGUAAUAAUAAAUUACCAGUCGUUAAAAUUAACGAAAUUAUCGAUGAAUCCGAUGAUAAAAUUAUUGAUGAAUCCGAUGAUGAAGAAAUUACCGAAUUUAUCCGUGAAUCUGAUGAUGAUGAUGAGGAGGAUGAUGAUGAUUUCACAGAAUUAUUAUUUAAUCUUAUGUUACUUAAGCAUCCCGAAUUAUUAAUUAAUCAUAUGUACCGUAAGCAUUUAGAAGGUUCGAAAGUACCUGAUUUUGGAAAAGAAUAUGCCACGAAAUAUCCAAAUGAAACGAAACGAUUACAACUUCUUAACCGUUCUAGAUCAUUAAUAAUAGAAAAUCAAGAUGUCGAUAAAUAUUUAAAUCUUAAUGUUAACGGAGGACUUUUUCACACUUUGAAAAGAUGGAAUGAAUAUUCAAAAGAACUUAUAAAAUUUAUUUCGUCUCCAAGAAAAAUUGGUGACAUUUUCACUGAAAAAGUAAAAAAAUCAUUUGAUGAAUUCGAAGGCAAAUAUGCUCAAAGUUUUAGUAAUACUCCAAAACAAAGUAUGACGUUUGAUCAAGGAAAAGUUCAUGUUGCUGUAGGUUUUGUAGAUUUGGAUUUUCUUUUACGAGCUAGAAUUGAGAAAACUAUGAAUUCUGUAAAUGAACCAAAUAAAUUUAUUGGUUAUGAAGGAUCGAUUUAUGCGGUAGCAAAAACCAAUGUUAUUAAAGAAAUGAUGAUAGGAAAAGCACCAAUUCGAUCGAUCAUUGAAGUUUGGUUUUCUAGUGUAUGGACAAAGAAGACUUUAAAAUAUUUUGAGGAUGCUGUCAAUAAAGUCUUGAAAUAUAAAGAUGCGCCAAAUAAUGGUCCUCCUAACCCCACGAAAAAUGAGCUUCACCCAAAAGUUAGAUCAUUAAUUUCUCACUGGAGUAAAUCUGUUAAAUCACCGAAAUCUCGACAAGAAGCACAUAAACUUUGGGCAGAAGCCUUUGAUUCUGGAGAUAGUAUAUUUUACCUUGUUACCAAUCUUGUCGAACCACGAGAUCGUAUACAAGCUACACGUCAUAUCCUUACUGGCGAGUUUCCUCUCAUGGAUGAUCAACAACAAAAAAAUCUAAUUGCAAGUAUUACAAUGUUUAAUUGCAAUAACGGAAUUUCUCCACAUUCAACAAGUGAAUUUAUGUUUGAAAUGAUGCCAUCGGAUCCCAUUCUAGCUGGAAAUAAUCGGAAAAUCACUCCCUUCCUGAAAGCGAUAUAUAAUUUUCUUGAAGACUCAAUCACAAAAAUUUGCAAUUGGCUAUCUCCACCUGCAAGAAAAACUGAAUCGAUUGAAAUUUAUCUGCAUUAUCAAUCCGUUAAUAAUGAUAAUCCUGCAUUACAUGCUUCGAUUCGUCAAUUGGACCCAUGGACAAUGUCUUGGAGCAAUAUUUGCGAUUUCUUUAAUGUACAUGAUUUUCACAAGUUACUUCGAGCAUGUUCAGGCGAGGAUACAGUUCACUUGGUAAUUUCGAAGAAUUGGAUUACAGAAACCUAUGGCGCACAUAUUAUGGAUUAUAAUGUCGAACUUCGUCGUAAGAUUUAUGCCAAAGGACAAAAUAUCAUUUCGAUGAGUAAAAUUAUUUCAGACAUGGCUGGGUAUUUCCGAUAUGAUAAAAUUACCACGCAUCCGUAUAAUAUUGCAGAUAUAGGUGCGAAAAUUUUGGUGGAGGAUAAAUGGAAAAAUCAUUUUUUUAAAGGGCAGGAUAUGAAAGUUGGAAAACUUUCACUCGUUCCGUUUUCCCAUACACAUAAAAUUCAUACGUACUUGGAUAUGUAUUUUACAUAUAAUAAAAAAAUUAACGCUUAUACUAAUUAUUGUUAA